AUGCACUUGGUAAUAAUUCUGGCCUUCCUUAUGUGUCUACCUAAAGAUUUCAAAGAGUAUAUGUACAGGAAACGCACUAAUGCAGGGGACAUAUCCAUCUUUAGUCCACCAAGUGUCAGAAGUGUUAUGUACAAAUAUUUGGAAAAGGAAAACGAACUUAAUUUUCAUAAAAUUUUUAAUGAAGUUUUGGGUUAUAUGCUGUUUAAAGACUUUUGUGAAAACGAUUCGGACGAACCUAUACAGCAACUAAAGUUUUAUGAACAGAUAAAAACAUAUGAAAAAACAGAAUGCUACGAUGAGAGAAAAAAAUUGGCAAGAGAAGUUUAUGAUAAUUUUAUAAUGGAGGAAAUGCUGUCACACACCUAUGACUACUCUAAAGAUGCUGUUGCGAGUGUUCAGAAAUAUUUAUUAAAAAAUGAAGUCCCAGUAGACUUAUUUGAACCAUACAUGGAAGAAAUAUUUACACAGCUUAAGGGAAAGCCAUUUAAAAAAUUUUUGGAGAGCGAUAAAUUUACUAGGUUUUGCCAGUGGAAAAAUUUGGAACUAAAUUCACAAUUGACUAUGAAUGAUUUCAGCGUACAUAGAAUAAUUGGGCGUGGCGGUUUUGGAGAAGUAUAUGGAUGCCGAAAAGCAGAUACUGGAAAAAUGUAUGCUAUGAAAUGUUUAGACAAAAAACGGAUUAAAAUGAAACAAGGAGAAAUGCUCGCAUUAAAUGAACGAAACAUGCUGCAAGCAGUCAGCACUGGAAUUGAUUGUCCGUUCAUAGUUUGCAUGACAUAUGCAUUUCAUACGCCAGAUAAACUCUGUUUUAUAUUAGACUUAAUGAAUGGCGGUGACCUGCAUUACCAUUUAUCUCAACAUGGUAUUUUUAGUGAAGACGAAAUGAAAUUUUAUGCAGCGGAGGUGAUUUUGGGGUUAGAACACAUGCAUAAACGUUGCAUUGUGUACCGUGACUUAAAACCCGCCAACAUAUUGCUCGACGAAAAUGGUCACAUACGAAUUUCUGACUUGGGAUUGGCUUGCGACUUUUCAAGAAAGAAGCCACAUGCUUCAGUUGGAACUCACGGAUAUAUGGCUCCAGAAGUAUUAUCUAAAGGAACGUCGUACGAUUCUUGCGCUGAUUGGUUUAGUUUCGGCUGCAUGUUGUAUAAGUUGCUUAAAGGUCAUUCUCCAUUUCGGCAACAUAAAACAAAGGAUAAGCAUGAAAUUGACAAAAUGACAUUAACUAUGAACGUAGAACUUCCAGAAUCGUUUUCUAUGGAACUAAGAAAUUUAUUGGAAAUGCUACUUCAAAGGGACGUACCUAAACGACUUGGCUGCAUGGGAAAUGGUGCUGACGAAGUAAAAAUGCAUAAUUUUUUUUGUGGAAUCGAUUGGCACCAAGUUUACAUUCAAAAAUAUAUUCCGCCUUUGGUACCCCCAAGAGGAGAAGUGAAUGCAGCUGAUGCCUUUGAUAUCGGAUCGUUUGAUGAGGAAGAUACGAAGGGAAUAAAACUAAACGACACAGAUCAAGAUCUUUACAAGUUGUUUUCGUUGACCAUAUCUGAAAGGUGGCAACAGGAAGUGUCGGAAACAGUUUUUGAAACAGUCAAUUCCGAGACCGAUAGAAUCGAACAAAAAAAAAAGGCAAAGCAAAAGCAACACUUCGAUGCAGAUGAAAAGGAAUCUGAUUGCAUAUUACAUGGGUACAUCAAAAAACUUGGAGGAUCUUUUGCUUCUGUAUGGCAAACUAAAUAUGCCAAACUAUAUCCAAAUAGGCUAGAGCUACAUUCUGAAAGUGGAAAUAAUAAACCAGAAUUGAUAUUUAUGGACCAAGUAGAAGAUAUCUCAUCCGAUUUUGUUCUACACAAAAACGAGAAUUGUAUUCAAAUUCGGAUCAAUGAUGGUAGCCGAGAUGGAAGAAUCAUUUUGACAAACUCAGAUGAAAUAGGCUUAAAAGAAUGGGCAUCAUCUUUAAGAUCAGCACACAAAAUUUCACAGGACCUUUUGGGAUCGAUGGCUAAAAAGGCUGGAAAAAUCUAUGGCAGUGAAAGAGACGGCAACAAAUCCAUGUAUAUUCUCGGUGGAAACAGUUCAACGAAAACUUCUAAUGGAUCUAAUUAAUAUAUGUUUAUAUUUUGAAUUAUAAGCUUCAACAUUUCUGCUAUCUAAAAUGUUGGGGUAAGCAUAUGAAAAGAAAUGUGGAGAGGUCAUUAAUAAUAA